UCCUCACACAACGAGGCUCUUUAAGCCCCGGCGCGCGACACAGAGCAGGCAUUCAGAGCGCGAGCGAGGGGGCUGAACCGACGGACUCUCGCGCUGGGCGGGCGACCUGCUUCAGUGCAGUUUUUCAGAAUAUCUAUAUAUAGACGGCGGAUGGAUUCAUUCUGAAAGAACGGAGAUCGUGUAAAAUAAGCAUUUUAAAAUUCCUUUGGAGGAACUAAUAUAACUAUUUAACAGCAUUGGCAACUGUUUUAGAGAAAGUGACAAUUAGUGAAUUAAAAAAAAAAAAUCUUGUGAGAACAAGUAGACCUAUCGAAGACACCUGAGGCCGCAGAGCGAAAGCACCUAUGUCGGCGGAGGAGCACAGUAUGUCAGAGGUGGAAAUGAGUCCGGGGGUCUCGGACGACGGCCAUUCCAUGUCCCCCGGUCACUCGUCCGGUGCUCCCGGCGGGGCGGACUCCCCUCUUCCUGGUCAGGCGUCUCAGAUGCCGGGCGUCGGUGAUGAUGCGUCCGGCGUUUCCGCCGGGGUCUCGGUGAAGUCCGACGAUGACGACGACCGUUUCCCCAUCGGCAUCCGUGAGGCGGUCAGUCAGGUGCUCAACGGUUACGACUGGACUCUCGUGCCCAUGCCCGUACGCGUGAAUUCGGGCAGUAAGAGCAAACCACACGUCAAGCGGCCGAUGAACGCGUUCAUGGUGUGGGCGCAGGCCGCGCGCAGGAAACUGGCGGAUCAAUAUCCGCACCUGCAUAACGCCGAGCUCAGUAAAACACUUGGAAAGCUCUGGAGGCUGCUGAACGAGACUGAUAAGAGGCCGUUUAUCGAGGAAGCAGAGCGUUUGAGAAAGCAGCAUAAGAAAGAUUACCCCGAAUACAAGUACCAGCCACGUCGACGCAAAAACGGCAAACCGGGAUCCAACUCUGAGGCCGACGCCCACUCUGAGGGUGAGGUCAGUCACAGCCAGUCUCAUUACAAAAGCCUGCACCUGGAGGUGGCACACGGUGGGGCCGCGGGAUCGCCAUUGGGCGAUGGACACCAUCCUCACGCUACAGGUCAGAGUCACAGCCCUCCGACGCCCCCUACCACUCCUAAAACAGAACUGCAGGGUGGUAAAUCUGGUGAGGGGAAGCGUGAGGGCGGAGCCUCCAGGAGCAGUUUGGGGGUGGGAGCAGACGGAAGCUCCGCCUCCUCAUCUGCCAGCGGAAAACCGCACAUUGAUUUCGGAAAUGUGGACAUUGGCGAGAUUAGCCAUGAUGUGAUGGCCAACAUGGAGCCGUUCGACGUGAAUGAGUUUGACCAGUACCUGCCACCCAAUGGGCACCCGCAGUCGUCGAGUGGCACAAGUGCUGGGUCUUCGGCUUCUCCAUACACUUACGGCAUCUCCAGCGCAUUGGCGGCUGCUAGUGGUCAUUCCACCGCCUGGCUUUCCAAGCAGCAGCUGCCGUCCCAGCAGCACUUGGGAUCGGAUGGUGGGAAAACGCAGAUUAAAAGUGAGACGCACUUCUCCAGUGAUGCAGCGGCUGCGGCGGGUGGGUCACAUGUAACAUACCUGCCACACUACAGUGCCGCCUUCCCCUCGCUGGCGUCCCGAGCCCAGUUCGCCGAAUACGCCGAACACCAGGCGUCGGGCUCAUACUACGCCCACUCUAGCCAGACUUCUGGCCUCUACUCCGCCUUCUCCUACAUGGGCCCUUCGCAGAGGCCCUUGUACACCGCCAUUCCAGAUCCUGGCUCCGUGCCGCAGUCGCACAGCCCGACGCACUGGGAGCAGCCCGUAUACACCACCUUAUCUCGACCGUGAUGUGAUGUUCUGUUUUCAUAUCCAGUCGCUGAAGGGUCCAAUUAAAGUGUGACUGAAAAUCAUGACAAACGCUCACCUGCACCACAAUCUACACAGACGGAAAUCUGAGAGAAACUUGUGUGUGUGGAGAUCUGCAGGGAACCUAUUCUCACGUGCCUCAGGCUGAUGAAACCUUCACAACCCGUCACAAAUUCACUCAAUGUUAGAUGAAAUGAAGGAGGCAGAAAUUUGACACCAGUGGUCCUUAAUGAGACAUUUUACCAAAGUUCUGAGACCAAAACAUUACAAAAAUUCAACAAAGCUUGGUGCAGUUUCUGAACUCUUGUUUGGUUUUGCAGUAACACCUAAACCACACAUCGCCCCGCUCAAAAACUUCAACUUCACUCAAAUAGGCUAUACAUACACACAAACAAACUUACACCUGAUGCUAUUAUCUGUACAUCCAUGUGUUUUUUAUUUGUAUGAAUGAAUAAUCUCCUUUUAUUAACCAAAAUAAGGCCAUAUUGUUUUUAUCAACAAAUAAUGAUGUGUUUUUCUUGUUGUAAUCUUUUCUAUUGUUGUUACUCUUGUUAUUUGUGUUGCCAUAACUACACUGAAAAGUCUUCACCACUGUCUAGUGUUUGUUAAUGACAUUUGUGUUUUAUGACUUUCAGCGUGUGUAAAUAUCAGUGCCAGGACGCGAUAAUUACGCGUUUUUACCUAUUACUCCAACCACACAGGCGGAGUACUGUAAUGCAAUGUUUCCGUCACAUCGGAAUUAGCCUAAUUACGAGUUUCCGGUUUAUAAAUGAUCUUUUUUAGAUAACACCGCUAGUGCCUCAGUCCAUCGGCUACUGUUCGUCAUCGCUGAAAAAUUCGAAUUAAAUCACGCGGAUCUAUUUUCAGGGCGCGAACUUUAUCAGCCUAUAGGAAUAUUUGUAUGCCCACGUGACAAUGUAAUACCCGCGUUUUGUAUUUUGUGGAAAUAAUGUCCGUUUCAGAACAUUGCCCGGUUCAAGAUUUUUAACGAGAAAUAAAACAUUGCGGUAUUAUUUCGUUAAAGACAGUCUGUUACUGUAAACUUUAUUUAGUUAUUUGACGUUUUUCCCUUUGGUACUUUUAUAGUUUUCGCCCUCUUUAUUAGUAUUAUUCCGAAACGGCAAACAAACAGCUUUCUUGUUAUAUAUUACAGAAUAUUAUUUAUAUUUGUUGUUUUUGUUCGUUUUUUUUAUCAGUAGCGUUUUUCUUCCUGAUGUUGGAAACUUUGUGUAAUUUUGUGGUGGGUAAAAGUGUUGUUGUUUUUCUUUAUCAGUGUAAAUAGAAGAGAGCAGUGACUAACUUCCCUCACUUUAAAUAAAGCUGCAGUCUGUACAAACUCGUCCUCUUCUUUACACUUACCUGAAUAUUCAUUAUAUUUGAUGUUCACGUUCGCCACCUGUACGAACACGACAAAUCACGUUAGCUUAAAUGCCACGUAUUUACUACUCAAUGAAUUAUUGACUACGUUCAGAUUAGCACACUACAACAGUAGGCUAUUACUUAUCAUUAUUAUAAUGAUAUAAUACAUGUAGAAAAUUCACAACUUCACAAAGAAACAAGUACUAAAGUUAUUUUGAAGUUGAAAGAUU